AUGGAAAAAAUUUCUGUUGUCAACCUCGUCCCGAUCAUAACGCUAGCCUCACUCUAUUUCGAUGACUCGCUUCUUCCCAUUCUUCCAUUAGAUCUCAUUGAAGAAAUUUUUUGUAGACUACCCGUAAAGCUCUUGCUACAACUCCGGUGUGUCUGUAAGUCAUGGAAGUCUCUAAUCUCCGAUCCCAAAUUCGCUAAAAAGCACCUUAGCUUGUCAACCACGCGCCACCUCUACUAUCUAAGCUACUCUGACCCCUUAGACAAAUACAUUUUCACGUCCUACCCACUCCACCCUAUUUUCACUAACAUAUCGGUUAACUUUACGCGACUCGAGUUUCCUCCGCAUAAUUACGAUGGAAAUUAUAAUCCAAACACUUCGGAUUAUUAUGUCGUUGGCUGUUGUAAUGGCAUCCUUUGUCUUGCCGAUGAUGUUGAAGGCUUCAUUAUAUUGUGGAAUCCUUUUAUUGAAAAAAUUAAGGAAUUGCCCCCUUUUCAAAAACAACAAAAUUUGUAUCAUGGGCAUAUGACAUAUGGCUUUGGCUUUGAUUAUCUUACUGAUAAUUACAAGGUGGUUGUUUUAUGCUACUAUAUACAUGAUGAUAAUCAUGUCGAAAAAAUGGAAGUGAAGAUUCAUGUUUUGGGGACUAAUAUUUGGAAAAACAUUCAAGAGUUCCCUUGUGAUGUUCUUCCUAUUGACAAAUCAGGACAUUUUGUGGGUGGUGCAAUUAAUUGGUUGGUUUCUAAAGUUUCAAGUAGUAAACGUACAAUUGUUUCUUGUAAUUUAAGGAAUGAGUCUUAUCAAGAAAUUUUGCCGCCUAAUUAUGAAAAUCAAGAAGUAUGUUAUUGGCAUUUGGGUGUGUUGAGGGAUUGUUUGUGCUUGAUUUGCGGUGACGAUGUUUGGCUUAUGAAAGAAUAUGGAAAUAAAGAUUCUUGGACUAAAUUGUUCACUAUUCCUUACAUUCAAGAUCCUCGUUCAUCCUAUGGCUUUACCAAAGUAGUAAAUAUCUUUGAGGAUCACCAAGUGUUGCUGGAGUAUAUAGAGGAUGAGACUUCGAUGAGGAAGUCGAUUGUUUACGAUUUUAAGAAUAACAUUUUUAAGUUUACCGAAUUUGAAAGUACCCCAGAAGUCUACGUUGAGAGUUUGAUAUCACCUUGUUUUUAA